AUGGGCGAGCAAGCGGAUCCUUCAGCCAACUACAUCCGACAGCUGGAGACGAAAGUUCGCAUCCUAGAAGAUGACAACAAGCUUUUGUCACAGUCUCAGCCCCGUAGCCGUUAUAGUAUACCAAGAGCAAUGAUGAAGCAGAGCAGCUCAGGAGAUUUCAAGACCCUGCGGAAAGGCUUCUCCCUGUAUCACUCCGAGUCCCAGCUGACUACACUGCCGCCAUACCAGGAGCCACUGCAAAAUGGUUCCACAAGGCAGGCAGAUCCCACUGGAUCCACUGCAGGCUACAUCUCUUCAGCCCAGAAACCCGAAGCAGUCGUUCAUGCCAUGAAGGUACUAGAAGUCCAUGAAAAUCUUGACAAGCAAAUACCUGAAGACGCUGAGGAAGAUCUAAGUGAAAAGGAGAAAGCAAUAGUCCGGGAAAUGUGUAAUGUUGUUUGGCGCAAACUGGGCGAUGCAGCUGGAUCCAAACCCUCUAUAAGGCAACACCUCUCCGGAAACCAAUUUAAAGGACCGUUGUAGUGAUGGUUUCUAAGAACUUACAGAGGUCAAUGACCUAAACCUCCCAUCACAAGGAAUUUCUUUGUAUGGACAGCAUUUUAUUUUUAAACCAGAAUUCACUUUAUUUGCUUGCGCGCAUUUUGUUUGCUGCCAGAGUGAGAGAGAAGGACUGCUUUUGGACAGACAUUUGAAAAGUGCCAAGCACUUGUACGGACUAAAUAGCCUUCCUACAAUACCAUACGAAGAAAGUGUUAUGUUUCAACUGAACACCUGCAUCCAACAAGCUAAGCAAACUGCAGGCAGACUAAUAUCACAUGUGGUUUUUUUUUUUUUUUGAGACUGGCAACUUGUAUAACCUCUUGUCACUUUGACCCUGCCACCUAGGAGUCACUGCAUUCUGCUGUAGUGUAUACUGCUGUAUAAAAUAAGUGGCGAUGUUCACAUGUUCUUUGCCAAGAUUCACUCUUUUGGUAACACAGUCUGAUUGUACAGGGUUUAUGUGCAUUGAUGCAUUCAUCCACAUUUCAUCCUAGACUAACUGCCCCCCACCAUACCCCCAAACCCCCUCCCCCUAACCCCCUUUGAUGGCAACUCCUGAAAAUAUCUUUAGAUUGGAAGUAAAAAUGUUUGAGAUAAAAACUGAUCUGAGGUUUAUUCGUUAGUUUCCUUCUGUUAUAGCAACAAUCUUUUGUCACUGUCCACAUGAAAGCAAUAGUGUUGACAUGGAAACUACUUUACGUUUUUUGAAAUUGCUCAUUUAGAUGGCAGAUAACUAAGUGUCUGAAAAUAAUGUGGUAUCUAGUGUUUCCUUCAAUUAAAGCAAAUUCUUUUUGCUCCAAGAAAAACAUUUCUGCUUAUGCUUUUAAAACCUUUGGGAAUUCUCCCAAUGCAAGGUUUAGUCAACUAUGAUGCAUAUUGUCACUUUAAGCCCAACAUUCCCAAAAAUGUACAUGAUAUAAUGAAAUGGCUUUGACAGAAUCCAGUUGUUAGAUUGUACUGUGCUCAGGAAUCAAGUGACUUUCCAUUAAAUGACGUACCAUAAGGUAAACAUUCAAACAAAAUGUCUUAACUUGUCUGGCUCAGUAGUUUUAGCACUACAAAAUUUAAGAGUACUUACACCCUUUUGACUUAUAUUAGUAUCAUACUAUGAAAAUGCAAUUGUUGCAUUGUCUCUUUGCAAGCUAAGUAUAAACUUUGUAACAGUUUGAAUAGUUUGCAGCUUACUAAACUGUCAUUUUCCUGCUUUAAAAGUAUGGAUGAUGUGUGUGGUAGCGUAAAGUCAAUUUGCCUAUUGGCAGUGUGUGGAAUACAAAGAUAAAAAAUGUCUUUGUUUAAAGACAUCCUAACAAGAAAAAAAAUCUGUUGGAAUGGCUUAUCCCCCAAUAUAACCUAACUAAAUUGACAGUGAUAUCACUGUGUUAAAAUGAAAUCACAAAUUAUCACCAGAUGCUGUCCUUUUUGAACGUCUAGAAAAAUAAAUCUGAAAAGUGACCUUUUUUGAAGUGAUAAAAUACUACUGACUUUUAUAUAUAAAUAUAUAUAUAUAUAAAAAUUGAAUACAAGGUGAUAUUAAAAAUUCAAUAUUUUCAUAAUGUGACAAAAUUACGUGCUGCUUCUUUUUUGAUGAGCUUUUGAUUUAAAUUUGUGAUUUUAUUAUAAAAAAAUGUAUUUUCUUGUAUUUUUCUGUAUAUGUGAUACACAAAACUGGAAAUCUUAGAAUAUUCAUCACUAUGUAAAUAAGGAUUAUGUAGAAUAAAUAGCAUGCAUUUGUAACCUCUAUUGGAGAAAAUGAAUUUCUUUUUCAUAAUGUGUAUUAAAAAUAUGGAUACAUAUUUUUAGAAAGUGAGGAAAAAAUGUGAUUGCAGAUAGGCCACUUUUAGCUGAUUUUAAAGAAAUAAAAAAAAGUCUUUAUAAUAAUGA